AUGCCUAAUAUCACUUAUGUUAAAGGUAACAUCUUAAAAGCCACGACACAUCCUAGGAUCCUGAUUCAUUCUUGCAAUUGUAAUGGUUCCUGGGGCGGUGGAAUUGCCUACCAACUUGCCCUGAACUAUCCAAAAGCAGAGAGCGAUUACGUCGAAGUGUGUGAAAAAUACGGUUCUGCUUUACUAGGCCGAUGCAUACUGCUUCCCAGUUAUGAAAACUCCGAUCUGCUGAUUUGUUGUCUAUUUACAUCAUCGUUUGGCGGUUCAAGUCAUGGAGAAAAGAACAGCAUUUUGAACUAUACAAAAUUGUCUUUGAAUGAGUUAAAGGCCUACAGGGCUUCAGGAGGCAAAGGUAAAGUAAACGAUGAUAUAAUUGAUAUUUAUUUAAAUAACCACACCAAACACCACAUAGGAGAGUAUAACCUGGAAAUGCCACAAAUUAACAGUGGUAUAUAUGGUGUUCCUUGGAAAGAAACAGAGCGCGUGUUGAAAGAAAUCGAUGGUAAUAUGAAUUUUACUGUUUACCAACUGUAG